CAGCUAAAAACAAGGAACCAAAUUUGUUUGGGGAAGCAGUGAAUCUUACUGUCAAAACACAAGAAAAAGCUCCAGAACGUCCAGAAAACUUGCGGGUUAUAAAACGAACUCCUCAUGCCAUACAAUUAGCAUGGCAACAUCCCAGCAUUACUAAUGGCCUUCUAAGGAAAUUUUUCAUAAGCGUAAAAUUACUUUCAUCGCAGCUACGAAGACAGAACGGAAGCAGGGAACUUCCUGAAAAGGAGUUUACAGUAAAUCAUCCUAUGAAUUAUUCAUAUGAAGUGAAAGAUUUGCAGCCAUCAUCAGAAUAUGAGGUGUCUGUUCGUGGGAUGACUGUCGAACCUGGUGAACCUGCUGUUAUAAAGUCUGUGAAAACAUCAUUGGUUUUACCUGACAUUGGUUCAAAAUUUAAACUGGUGGAAGAUUAUACAGCUAGUACCACGCUUCAGGUUGUUAUUCCACGUGCAGAUCGCUUUCUUACUAAAAACAGCUCCUACUUUGUGGUUGUAACAUCUGAUAAGGAAGAAGUAAAAAAGAUGGAAAUGGUGGACUUGAUUCUGAAGAGAGAAAAUGUUAAAAAUGAUGAGCGUUCUUGGAUUGCUGCAGGAAUUCAGCCUGAAGAUGGAGAUAGGAAAUUCAAAGUUGGUGACAACACAACAAUGGUCUUUAAUGCCUCGGGUGUCACGUACUGGAACCAACCUCUAACACCUGGAGUGCAGUACCAAAUUAUUCUGGUAGCACUUCAUUGGCAGGAUGAUGAAUACAAGGUCAGCUGUGCAAAACUUCAAUAUAAUGUUCAGACUAAUCUUGAAGAGGAUGGUGGCACUGGAGCUGAGUGGGCUGCAUUGCUGCUGUUACUUAUUAUACCAGCAGUUGUGUAUUUCAUUGUAAGGAAGCAUGUGAGGAAAGAAGGUGAUACACUGGAACUGAAAACAGAUGAUGUGCUGUAUGGAAACCGAAGUGAUUCUACAGAUAAUGUAGCAGAUCUAGAUCUAGAAGUUGAUAAAUUGUCUGUAGGACCAAAGCUUGCUCCAUCUCAGAAAUUCAGUCACAGGUUAGCUAUUGCAGAACUAGAGGAGUAUGUUAAACAAGGUCUAACAUCUGGUGAACUGCAGCGCCAGCAUGCUCUGUUUCCAAGGGGACAGACCCACCCUUGGGAUUAUGGUCGACUCCCUCAGAACAAAGCAAAGAAUCGGUACGGUAAUCUUGUGGCAUAUGAUGAAACUAGGGUGAAACUGAAGAAACUAUCAGAGGAUCAAUUUUCUGAUUACAUCAAUGCAAAUUACAUACAUGGUUACAGUACGCCAAACUUUUACAUUGCAACGCAAGGCCCUAAACGCAACACAGUUGUGGACUUCUGGAGAAUGAUUUGGCAAGAACAUGUGCAAGUUAUUGCCAUACUAACAAAUGUUGUGGAAAAUGGCAAGUUGAAAUGUGAGCAGUACUGGCCAGAUCUGGGACAAGAGGUUACACAUGGUGACAUAUCUGUUCUAAAUGCUUCAACUCAAAUAUUUGCAGAUUUCACAUUCAGACUGUUGAAUGUUACCUGUAAGGGUAAGACGAGGAAGAUCCAUCAUCUUCAUUUUACCUCGUGGCCAGAUCAUGGCGUGCCACUGUACCCUCAAUCUGUUGCAUCAUACCUCAAGAAGCUUCUUGCCACACCACCAGGUCUUGGCCCAAUUGUGGUACACUGCAGCGCUGGAGUUGGGAGAACAGGGACCAUCAUUCUAGCAGAUACUUGUCUUCGAAUGGCUGCAGCAGAAGGGUAUGUAGAUGCACUCGGUUUCCUGCAGCAACUUAGGGAACAACGAGCCAACAUGGUGGACAAUUUGGACCAAUAUAAAUUGGUUCAUCUGGUUCUGCUGGAGUGCCUGGUAGCUGAACCAUCUAGUAUAAUGUGUGAUGGAAACUUAGGAAAACAUGUAGAUAAACUGUGUAAGUCUGGUGUCCUGCUACGGCAGUUCAACCGUAUGCGUGAUCUCAGAUGGCAAGAUCAAGCACUGAGAUCCACUUCUGCACAGACAAGCCAUUCAACAGCACAGAAAAAUGAUUCUAAGAACAGAUCUGAGAAGAUUGUGCCUGGUGAUGGUGGCAGAAUAUUCAUCUCCCGAUAUCCUUACGAGGAUGCAAACUCUGAGUAUAUAAAUGCUGUUUAUGUGGAUGGGUUCCGGAUCAAGGACCAGUUUGUGGCUACACAGUUUCCACUGACAUCAACUGUUGGUGACUUCUGGAGGCUUGUAGCAGAGAAGAAUAUAUCACUCAUUGUUGUGCUAAAUGACAUAGAUGAGAAAAUUAAGAAUGUGUGCAAGUUCUGGCCCACUGAACAGCAGGUCCACAUGAACCCAGUGCCUUACCUUAAAGUCACAUGGAAAGUAAAAGUCGAAGCCCUAUGCUGGACAACUCACAGUGUCAGCCUUUCAAAUAGUGAUGCUUCAAGUAAUACACAGGAUAAGAUUAUACACAUCUUACAGCUGAAUGGAUGGAAGAGUGGUGAAAUGCUUCCACCUUCCACUACUAUGAUACUGGAGCUUUGGGAGGAAACUGAGCGGCGCCACAGCGGCAAAGGACCGAUAGUUGUGACCUGUCUUGAUGGUGCCAAAGCAUGUGGAUAUUUUUUGGCACUAGCAUUCCUAGUGGAGAAAAUUAAACUGGAGCAAGAAUGUGAUGUCUGCCAUGCCGUUCGGAUGGUGCGUCAGAAUCGAGAACAGUUUGUGCCAACCCUUGAACAGUUUGAAUCCCUUUACAGAGCAGCUGUUUCAUACCUGGACUCAUUCCAAACAUAUGCUAAUUUCAACUAAUUGCAGGAGAAAAAAUCAUACUUCAGUCUUUAGUUUGUGCACAUUUAUUUACAAAUUAAAUUACCAUGUAGUCAUAUCAUAACACUUGCAUACAUUUUAUCAUCAGAUGUUAUGAAUUAAGUUCAUGUUCUUUUCCAAUUCAGAAUUUCUUCUGAAAUUAUUAAGAGUGUAAAGACGAUCACAUUGGCCAGUCUAAGGCAUGGCGAUCGGUUGCUCAAAUUGGUUGUGGAUUUGAAUCCUUCUUGAGACAAUGAUGUGCCUUUUGUGUGUGUGUUUUGUUUUUGUGCUGUCCUGAGUAGGUAGAGGCCUUGCCACAUGCAAACUCUGAAUUCAGGGAGUUCUUCCAAAUGUUGGAAAAGGUUAAAAUAAUAUCAGAAAGGUUCUCCAGAAUGUCGAUUUUUUAUAACAGGCUAUAACACCUAUUUAGUAGUAGUAAUGUAGAUAAAUGGCAGGAUAUCCUGAUACAGUAUUGGCUCGUUGCAAGACAUUUACAUUCGCAGGGCAACACAACAUAGAAAAACGUAGUCGAUAAUAUCAUGCUGUGAAUGUAAUUUAAACAUAAACUUAACUUAGAUUUCAUUCAGAGAUUGUAUGUGAUUUUGAUCUACAAUCACUGCUAUUAAACAUUAAUUUUGUAAUCAGUUUGAGAGAAAUGUUCAUUCAAGGUCUUGCCAGAAAAUAAUAUGCUGUUUUAGAUACUGGUUGUCUGGCAAGGAGUCAGCAAAACAUUUUAUUGACACCCAGUAUUCUCAACAUAUUGUAAUUUAGUUAGUGAUGGAUACAUACAUCCCACUUGCGAUAAUAGUUGUUGACCUUACACUUCAUGUUUUGACUGUUGAUGUAAUGGCACUUUGCUUGAACCAAAGAAUUCAGUGGAAAUGAACAUAGUACCAACCAGGUACUAUUUACAAACUUGAUUGUUUCCAAAGAUAAUUAAUGUAAUAGGUGAGAACGUGUUUCUGUUCUCACAAAAUAAAAUAAGAAAAAUAAAUUUUAACAUCAUCUAAGUA